GUCAAUGUCAAACAAGCUUGUAUCAGCUGUUCUUACCGAUUGCAGCAGCAGCAGCAUCCGCAGAUAAAGUACGCGGCAGCCUGGACCAGGUAGUUAUUGUUUAAACUACUCUAUGCGCGCAUCUUUACUGUAGGCUAGCAGAAGAAAGUGCCUGGUUGAUCUUCUCAGGAAACAUGAACUCUGUACCAGGGAGAAGUGUUCUAUCGCUGUGCAGACGCACCACGAGCGCUCUACGGUUGCUCGCCAGCCCGCCAGGUCACCCUGUCACUCGCGGGAUAGACAAUACCAUCUUAGGGACAGUACGGGUCUGCCACUCGGGGGCUAACCGCAGCGUUAGCACCAAGAAGCGAGGCUAUGAUAUCACCAGAAAUCCACAUCUUAACAAGGGCAUGGCGUUCACUCUGGAGGAACGUCUGCAGCUGGGCAUCCACGGCCUGCUGCCCCCCUGCUUCCUAACGCAAGACGUCCAGGUGCUGCGGGUCAUGAAGAGCUAUGAGACGCGCACCAACCCCCUCGACAAGUACAUCUUGCUGAUGACGCUACAGGACCGUAACGAGAAGCUCUUCUACCGGCUGCUGACGUCAGACAUCGAAGAGUUCAUGCCCAUUGUUUACACGCCUACCGUGGGCUUGGCCUGCCAGCAGUACGGCUUGGCCUUCCGCAGACCCAGAGGUCUCUUUAUCACCAUUCAUGACAAAGGCCAUAUCGCUACAGUGCUGAACUCUUGGCCAGAGGAGAACAUCAAGGCCAUUGUGGUGACAGAUGGUGAGCGUAUCCUGGGCCUUGGUGACCUGGGCAGCUAUGGCAUGGGCAUCCCCGUGGGCAAGCUAGCCCUGUACACAGCAUGUGGAGGAGUGCCACCCCAGCAGUGUCUGCCAGUGCUGCUGGAUGUUGGCACCGAUAACCAGUCUCUUCUGGACGACCCUCUGUACAUUGGGCUGAAACACAAGAGAAUACGUGGGAAAGAGUACGAUGAUCUCAUUGAUGAGUUCAUGCAGGCCGUAACCGACAAGUAUGGAAUGAACUGCCUAAUUCAAUUUGAGGACUUUGCCAACGCCAAUGCCUUCAGAAUUCUCAAUAAAUACCGAAACCACUACUGCUCCUUCAAUGAUGAUAUCCAAGGCACAGCCUCUGUUGCUGUGGCAGGAGUUCUGGCCGCUCUGAAGAUCACCAAGAACAAGUUGUCUGACCACACAUUUGUGUUCCAGGGAGCUGGAGAGGCUGCGUUGGGCAUUGCACAUCUGCUUAUUAUGGCCAUGGCUAAGGAGGGAGUAUCCAAAGCAGACGCAGCAAAGAAGAUCUGGAUGGUCGACUCCAAAGGCCUUAUUGUCAAGGGUCGUGGCAACCUAAACCACGAGAAGGAAGAGUUUGCUCAUGAGCACGCUCAGGUGAAGACACUAGAGGAGGUGGUGGAGAUCAUCAAGCCCACAGCUAUCAUCGGUGUGGCGGCCAUCGGAGGUGCUUUCACCGAGAAGAUCAUCAAGAACAUGGCAUCCUUCAACGAGAGACCCAUCAUCUUCGCCCUGAGCAACCCCACCAGCAAAGCAGAGUGCACAGCAGAGCAGUGCUAUAAACUCACUGAGGGCAGGGGCAUCUUUGCUAGCGGGAGCCCCUUUAAGAAGGUGACCCUGGCGGAUGGCCGCACAUUCCACCCCGGCCAGGGCAACAACGCUUACGUCUUCCCCGGAGUUGCCCUGGGUGUCAUUGCCUGCGGAGUGCGUCACAUCUCCGAUGACAUCUUCCUUAAAAGUGCCGAGGCCAUAGCAGAGAUGGUGACGGAGGAGCACCUGGCGGAGGGCAGACUCUACCCCCCUCUCAGCACCAUCAGGGAGGUGUCCUUCAAGAUCGCCGUCAAGCUCGUGGACUAUGCCUACAGGAAUAACGUUGCGUCCCUGUACCCGGAGCCCAAGGACAAGGAGGCUUUCAUUCUGUCCCACGUCUACAACGCCGACUACGAUUCCUUCGUCCUAGACAGCUACGACUGGCCGGUAGGCGCCCAGAAGGUCCAGGAUGUGUAGACCGCUACCAGUGCCAGAACUGAUGCCACGGUCGCACUCUUUUUUUUUUUUUUUCUCUCUCUCUCUCUCUCUCUCUCUCUCUCUCUCUCUCUCUCUCUCUCUCUCUCUCUCUCUCUCUCUCUCAAAAUCCUCUGCUCUGUUUUUAAUAAGGAUAGACAGAGGGGAGGAAAAGAGACUGAAAGCAGUGCAUAGGGGAGGAAAACGAGUUGCUCGUCACUGUUUUUACUCUUUAUCUCCCAUGCCGUCAGACGGAGGGUGUGUGCAGAAGACGGGGAAGGGAGAGUGGAGGGAGAAAUCCUCCGCCUGUUUUUCUCUCUGAAUUUCACCUUGUCAUCCCCCUCUCUAUCCCUCCAACUCUCUCUUUCUCUCCCCCUCUCUCUUGUUUUUAAAGACAAAGACAUAUCUAUAUGACGCCUCUUUUUUGCCGUUACUCAUCCAGCCAACUAGGGCCAAUCACCACCCAACACUUUCCUGCAGUGUAGCAUUUUGUAUUACUAAUGUAAUUUUCUUUUUUGUAUCCAGCCCAUGUGUCAAGUGCUCUUGUCUGUGCCCAGUGUGGCCUGUACCAAAAUGAAAUGAACUGAACUGGCACCCGUUUGUAUGCCCACUCAUCUUCCUUAGAUGCCGCACGCAUGUACACACUCCCUGCUGACUGAUGGAACCAGUUCAGCUCAGAGCUCCAUGGCUAAACUAGGCAUGUCUUUCAUGUUCUCUGUGGACAUGUGCUUUGUGGACUGUGGCUCUUAUAGAUUAUUUCAUCAUCAUUGUGGAAGUUAAUCAUGGCUUUUAUAAAGUACCGCACAAAAUGGCUACGGAAUACAUUUUAUAAGAAGGUAUUUAGCUCUGUGUUCUAAAGUAUGACAUUUUUGUUACCGUCACUGUUAUUAGCUUUUCAUUGAAAGCACUUCUAAAUGCCCAUGAUUUCAUUAGACUUCCUCUCCCAACUUGCCUGAGCAGCAGAGAGGGUUUAGAUAAGAGGUUAUUUUUGUAUAAAGUCUGCCAGCACAAACUGACAAGGUGCCUGUGACUGUCUGAAUGUUUGAAUACUAAGAGACUACUGCAUUAUGGUGGUAGACGUAAUUAUUUGUGUGCCGUUCUUUUGUCCGUUCUCUGAGUCCGGUCCUGUUUUCUUGUUUUCUAUGAUGGUUUUAGUUAAGUAGAAUUUUAUUAGGCCAAAGUUUCAGAGGAAGGGAAAAAAAAUGUGCCGAUGAAUAGCCACACAGUUCUGUGUGAGCGUGAGUGAGUGUCUCUGUGUGUUUCCUUCUAUUUCCAUUACGUCCAAGCUUGAACCUGCUCGUGUCUUGCUACAGUAGAAGCCCUGUUUCUGCUCUGACUUUUAGAACAUGCUUUACAAGUGAUGCACUACAAAGGAAUUGUAUUCCAUGGAGGGUUUUUUUUUUGAAGGCAAUAUACAACAAAAUAAAAAAAAAACAUAUGCUUUUGCAA